AUGGACAGCCGGCUGGUUGCAAGCGUGGAGCAGCAAUCACAAGAGCAGGACAACGAGGAGCAACAACGUAAGGAGGACUUGCAAUGGGCUGAAACAGGAUCGCAGCUGCGCAGGAUCAGAAGGGGAAAGCUCCGAGCGCCAAGCCAUGUGUCAAUAAAGGAUGCUAGAUAUUUCAACUACUAUACAAGCUACUUUUUCGAUUUACUACCCAAUUGUUUGAAAUCUGGUCAGUUUCCAUUUACUGAUUCGUUUCAUUUCAAUGAAUAUUUUCAUCCGCUACACCAAACUUCUACCUCAACAUGA